GAGGGAUAAAAUUCUCGGAUUAGUAAAUAUAAGCUACCUUAUUAAAAUACUAAAGUUAAAUAUCUUGUUAUGCUCUAUCAUAACUACAUCCUCAUUUUGUUUUGUUAGUGUCAAAUUCUCAACCAAGUGCAUCAAUAGUCACAGUGAGCCUGUUGUUCUUGAUGGUGAAGCUACUCCAAUUUUAUCAAACCCUGAGAGGCUACAACAAUUCCAUAAUGACAGGAAACAUAUCCAACAUUUGUAAGCCUCUAUAAUUUCUUUCUCAGAUCUACUGGCAAAGGAAGAAAAUAAAUGCUUUUUCUUCAUAAUUGUUAUUCAGUUUCUAGAUUAUUUAAAAGUAUUUAAUCCUAUAACUAAAAAUAAAUUUGACUUUGAGAGAAAAUCUAAACUAUGCAGCCGUAAUCUCUCUAACAACCUCUUAAUACUAUUCAAAAGAUUAAUAACUUUUUCAAUGAGACUGAAGAAAACAAGAGCAAACAUGGAAAGCAGAGGCGUCCCUUUCAGAUCAAUCCUAGCUCAUUCUCUCUGGAUAACUCUCGUUGGAAUCCUUCUCUUCACUCUCUCAACCACGAAAAGACACAAUUUCGGUUACAUCAAGUUCUUUUCGAUAUCAGGAACACUACUCAUAACCUUACCCUGGAUGAUUCAACUUCUGGUCACUUCCGCUGUCAUUUUACUUUAUAAGACUAGAGGUUACAACCUGAUGUGGAUUGUCCGAUCACCAAAACCAUCCAACGAGAAUCAUCUCACAAACGUCGUCACUAUAUCUUCUUCAUCAUCUCCUCUACCUUCUGGCCAAGCUCUGAAGAAAGGUGACACGGGUGAGAUCGAGAUUAAAAUUGUGAUUCCAAAAAGUCCAAUGUCAACUCAUUUGGAGAUUGAAGGAAGCAAUAGCUCCAAACUUCUCACAAAUGUAUCACAUGUUGCUUAAGGAAGCAAUAGUACUAUGUUCUUGUUCUGCCUUUUUGUUUCUUUCAUUUAUAUUAUCUUUGAAGACUAUGGUCGGAAACUUCCUUACAAGUUUUGUGAGAUCUACUUUGUAAGUUUCAUUAAUAAUUACAAUCAAAUUUCUAUUAUAUAAACUUU